CCAUUGCCUUGAUGACCACAGCAGUCAUUUCUACCUGUGACCAUGGCAUUGUGGCGAAGAUCAAGAGAGUGAUCAUGGAGAGAGACACAUAUCCCCGCAAAUGGGGUCUCGGUCCCAAGGCCAGUCAAAAGAAGAUGAUGAUUCAGAAGGGUCUGCUGGACAAGCAUGGAAAGCCCAACGAGAGCACACCUGAUUCCUGGAAGAAGGAGUAUGUGGAUUACAGGGAUGCUUCUGUGAAAGAGGCAACUGCUGUUCCCCGAGCUGUUUCAGAGCCAGAGAGGGCUCCAAAAAGGAAGCGAGAGUCGGAGAGUGAAAGUGAGGAGGCUGUGACCCCACCAUCCCCUGCCACCCCACCACCAGAGGAGCUGAGCAAAAAGGAAAAGAAAAAGAAGAAGAAAGAGAAGAAGGCCAAAGAGGCAGCUGAGAGUGGAGAAGAGCAAAUAGAAGUGACCAGUGAGACGAGCACCAAGAAGAAGAAGAAGAAGAAACAAAAGGAGGUAGAAGAGAACUCAGAGUAAGCGACUGGAUCUGUCCAAAGCAAGUGACCUCGUCAGUAGGGAGGGAGGAGUCUGAGGCCUUGAGAAAAGAGGACUG